UUUGCCUGUCUGUUAGAAGAAUAAAAAUAAAAUAAUAAAAUAAAGCAAGUUUUAGUCUAGGUGGCAGUAAUGCAACUUUACGUUGGUCGUCAGCCGCAAUAAAAUCAACGAAGAAGAAGGAGGAGCCGUAGAAGAAGAARCACCACCUUCUGUUGAUGACAUUUUUCCCCAAGAUGGCGUCCACGCAGUUAACGGAUGAAGAGCUUUUCUCACAGCUGAAACUGUUUGGCUUCACUCCGGGUCCAGUUACCGAAAACACGCGGCCGGUGUACCUGAAAAAACUGAAGAAACUCUGCGASGAGCAGCAGCAGCGAGGCUCCAGAGCAGGUAAAAGCCGCGGCGGGGGGAGCGUUAGCAGCGCCGCUGGCAGCAGCCGRAGCGCGGCGGCAUCUAGGCCAGUUAGACAUGACGUCACGCAGCUGAGCACAGGCAGAAGACCGGGCCCCAAGUCUUCCGUUCUCGGCUUCAGUUCCGACGAGUCAGACGCGGAGGCUCCGCUGAAACGYAAAGGCCUGAAUCACAGCCGGAGGGUGAACCGCAGCGCAAAUUGCCAACAACAACCGAAAAUCCGACCGGUUUCACCGCGAGCUGCUGAGAGCAUCAGGAGGCAGUGUGACGCUCUGAGUCCGUCCCAGGCAGCAGCGGAGGGGCAGAGGGCUGUCCCGCUGGGCUGGGACGUUGGGAAGAGAUCCAGACUUUUCCACGGUUCGAGAGACGAGGAUGACGAAGACGAUGAAGAGGACGUGAACGCUUCACGCUCUGUGAAUGGACGCAGCAAACUAGCCGGAGAGUACUCGGACUCGGACGGAGAGGAGGACAUUCGGGCRCCCGGAGGCCGAGACGGAGAGCGGYGCAGCUUGGAGCUUCGACGGAGCCACACGACCGUGCCGUUUUCCUCCCAUGUAGGCGACAGGAGCUCCCAGGCCGGAGGGAYAACCAGUAAUCCGCCUGGGAYUAAGAACAUGGUGGGAGGCCGAGAYGAGGUGGAAGACGUUAGGGGGGGMUUGGAGCCGCCGGGAGGUCCCCGGAGCCACAGGAAGAGAGGCGGCGAGGAGCACUCGGUUCAGGCCAACAAAAACAACCACGUUCACGGCGAGGACGAGGCGCCCCUGAACAUCCCGGAUAACCGCUUCACCAUCGGGCUCAGGCCGCGCUUCUUAAGCAGCAGCAGCCGGUCCCAGAGCCACGUGAAGGGGAACCACUCAAACCACAGCCCGGCGCCCAACCACUUCGCGGCGAAGAAGAAGCUGUCAGUGUCCGAGGAUGAGCUGCUGCUGCAGUUCAGGAGAGAGGAGCAGCCGUCCCCCGGCAGCUUCAGCGCCCACUACCUGUCCAUGUUCCUGCUGACGGCCGCCUGCCUCUUCUUCCUGCUGCUGGGCCUCAUGUACAUCCGGAUGAGGGGCUCCGGGUCCUCCGGGGUGGAUGCUGUGGUUAAGAGCCAUCCCUUUGGCAGUGAGUUUGACUCCUUAUAUGAUAAGGAACAAAAAGAUCUGAUCCUAAAUCUGUUGCUCAGUCUUCACAACCACCUGGCUGUUGUUGCUGGUCAUCAUGACUGUGGAGAUCUACAGUAUCCAAGGAGAAAUCUGUCCUUUGAUGAGGCCUCAGCGUUUUUACUGGCUCAAAAUCGGGAGUUUGAACAUUUUCUCCACAGUUCGUUGGAGUGGGUCAUUCGUGCCGGCCAGGAUGUUGGGAUAAGGCUGAGCGGACACACAGCUGACAGUCCCGUCACUGACGUGUCUGAGAUCGUUUGGUUGGAGUCCACUCACCCCAUGAUGCCCUUUGUGUGCCGCCUUCGCCGAGCCCUGCUCACAGUGACCAGUAAAGUCCUCCUCGCCGCCGUGUUUCUAGGCUUCGCGUGGAGCGUGGUGUGCUACAUGAAGUACCGCUGGAGGAGAGAGGAGGAGGAGACYAGGCAGAUGUACGACAUGGUGGAGAGGAUCAUUGAUGUUUUAAGGAAUCAUGGAGAGGCGUGCCAGGAAAACCAGGAGCUGCAGCCCUACCUGCCCAUCCCUCAUGUCAGAGACUCUCUGGUUCUCCCUCAGGACCGGAAGAAAAUGACGAAGGUUUGGACUCGUGCCGUCAGGUUCCUGUCAGCCAACGAGUCCAGGAUUCGAACGGAGACUCAGAGGAUCAGUGGAGCAGACUUCCUGGUCUGGAGGUGGCUCCAGCCUUCUCUCAGCUGUGACAAGUCCAAAGUCUGGCAGGGGAAAGCGUUCCCUCUGGACCGCAGGAACUCUCCUCCCAACAGUCUGACUCCAUGUCUGAAGAUCAGGAACAUGUUCGACCCGGUCAUGGAGGUUGGGGAUAACUGGGAUCUAGCCAUCCAAGAAGCCAUCCUGGAGAAGUGCAGUGACAACGACGGCAUCGUCCACAUCGCAGUCGAUAAGAACUCGCGGGAGGGUUGUGUUUACGUCAAGUGUCUGUCUCCGGAGCACUCGGGGAAAGCCUUCAAAGCUCUGCACGGCUCCUGGUUCGACGGUAAGCUGGUGACGGUUAAAUACCUGCGUCUGGACCGGUACCACCAGCGCUUCCCUCAGGCCCAGGCCUGCAGCGCUCCCCUGAAGGCUUCCAGCCUGCAUCAGAACUCUGUCAGCUCUGGACCUUACCAACAGCAACACGAGUCUUCCAGCUGCUCGUGAGACCGCCGGACCGGACCGGACCGCUCGGGUCUACAACCUGCAGGACUUGUUUUUACGUGUCUCUUUCAACACUGCGAGUCUGAAAGAGAAGCUGUUGGGCGCCGCAGCGUUUGUUUUAAACAUAUAAAGUGUAUAUUUUACGUGUCAUGGAAAUAAAAGGUUGAGUAUUUAAUGUGUUUAUAGAGCUUCUCUUCCUCAGUCCGUCUCAGUGCCAUGGCUAAAAUCACGCCGAUUCUUUAUUUUACUCUUCAUAUCCUUCUCCUUUAGUUACAUGGAAGACUUUGUUUUUGUGAUUUGAAGCACAAGUUUUCCUACAGCUUUAUUAAAAACCAACUUUAAGCACAUUUUCCUGCUUCUUUGUGUGACUCAGCAGUUUGUCUGCAGCUGGAGGAUCAGGGAGAUGUUUUGUGUGACUCAGCAGUCUUUGUGUUCUUCUGUUUGGUUUUAUGACAGAUUUCAUCAUGUCAUCUGGGUUCUGGCCUGGUGGUUUCACUGCUCGGGUUCUCAUCUAUUUUGUUUUUUGACUAAAUUCUACAAAUAAGCUGACGGAUGUUUUUUUUAAUUUUAUUUUUUUAUCAAACCAAGAGUCGAUGCUCGUUUUAAUGCAGUGAAUAAAAUAAAAGUCACUGUUGCAGAUUUUUUGCUUUUUACCAGCUGCAGGGACGUUUGCAGCAGAUAAUCCAACUGUGCCUUAAAUUUAUGCGCUUUUUAAAAWUUUUUUCCUCAACUGGCACUGAAUUGGAGAAUGUACCGGAGUUAGAAAGUUUAAAGGGUGAGGGGGGAUCUAGUUAGUUGAAGAGUUUUUGGUAUUUUGUAGCAGUUUCCUUUGAUAUUAAACCAAAACCUUCUAUUUAUUUUUCUUUUUAACGAAGGUUAUGUGCUUAUUUUAACGUCACCAGACCUGUUGUAUAAUUUUCAGUGUUUUUCAUCAAUGAUUGACAUUUGUAAGAACUGUCAGGAUGUGUAAAACAAAAUAAAGUGAACACUUGGAGAAAGUUAA